UGAGCCUAAGGACGCCAUAUUGGUAAAACGAAGGAAGAAAGUAGAAAGACUUGUAAAAAGUCCUCUAGUUUUCUUUAAUUAUUUCUAUUUAGAAAAUGACUACAGCUGCCAGACCGACAUGGGACACAGCGAGGGGCGGUAGAGGUAAAGGAGAAGGUGAUUUAUCGGCUCUAUCCAAGCAGUAUUCCAGUCGAGACUUGCCGUCACACAAUAAACUCAAACAUAGGCAAGUUGGCCAGGAUACCAUAGAUGAGGUUCGUAGCCGUGACUUGAGAAAGGAACUCGAAGAGAAAGAACAUUUGGCUCAGAGAGAGCGAGCAAAGGAGAAGAGUGGCAGAGGAGGUACUGCUGAACAAGUUAAAAGAGCCAGACUUGAACAUGCACCAAAUCUUGAUGCAGAUGAUCCAGUUGAUGAUGAUGAUGAUGAUGAUGAUGACUCUGAUGAAAGUGAUGAUGAAGAUGACACUGCUGAACUCUUGGCUGAAUUGCAAAGAAUCAAAAAGGAAAGAGCUCAAGAAGAAAUGAGAAAGGAAAAAGAAAAGAAAGAAGAAGAGGAAAGAGUCCGCAUGGAAAACAUAAUGUCUGGAAACCCAUUAUUAAAUCCUCAGAAUAAUUUUAGUGUCAAGAGAAGAUGGGAUGAUGAUGUAGUAUUCAAAAACUGUGCUAAAGGUGAAGAUUCUAAGGGUCAACACUUUAUCAACGAUAUGCUAAGAUCAGAAUUUCACAAGAAAUUUAUGGAGAAAUAUGUCAAAUAAUGAAAACCAUAAUAUGAUCAUAACAAUAUACAUAAUGUACCAUAUAUAGUCUGUAGCUUUCUCAGUUCAGUAAUAAAUACAGUCAUCAGUCAAGGGUGGAUCUAGAGAGGUUGCCUAAGCGGUUGUUCCCCUUCACCUAUCAAUUGUUUACUGGUAUUUAAUAAUUCCAAAAAUUUAGAUAGGAAAUGUCAAUCUAUGGUUACGAACCAUGAAACCAUCUUGUUUAAAGGAUCCCUGGAUUCACCCUUCUCAACUUGCUCAGCUUAUUUUAGUGUUGAGACUACUGUACACUUAGCUACUAGCAUUUAGUUACUGGUGUAGAAAGACUUUUUGUAUGUAGAAAUGGUAACUAUUUUAAAUGUAGGUACUUUGUUUAUUGCUGGAUGUAUUGUGAAGUCUCUACUGUAAAUAUUCCUGCAACAGAUGUUCAAGAUUUUGGAUUAAAUUUUUUUCCUUUGACAAAUGUCAUUUUCAACCGACCUAUCAGAAACUGUUAUUAAACUUAUCGGCAAUGAUAAGGAAAGCUUUGGCGGCAAGGAGGCAACCAUGGUAACCAACCACAUUCCACCACCUGACAAAUUGUGACUUACUAUUCAGUGAGAAAUUAUAAUAUAUACUCGCCUCUAUACCAAUCUCAUACCCAGAGCCCUUAUAUCUUACUGCACAGUUAGGAAAUAUGGGCUCUGGGUACGAGAUUGCCUCUACACUUACCAGGAGAGCAGGGUGGGAUCAACCGGAUUGCCUCUACAGCACGUACAGGCUGCUAGCACUGAUAUGUCCUUAAUGUGACAACUACACCUAAGAAGGUGCAGAUUCAUGUCUAGGUAACUUGCACAAAUACAAAUUGACUUCAUUCAAAA